AAAAAAAUUAAUAAAAUUGGUCGCCACACUGAGGAUCUCUUCUCCUCUGGCAUCAGGAGUGGAGUAGGGUUUUGGGAACUCAUCGAUGAAAACAAGCAAAGAAAAUGGAGGCCACAAUUCCUACACCAAAUUGUUUCUCACCUCGCUCUCCGCCAUGGUGGCCGAGACCACCACCUUCCCUAUGGACCUAAUUAAGACCAGGCUUCAGCUCCACGGCGAGUCCUCCUCUCGCUCCACAAAUGCGUUCAGAGUCGCUUCGUCGAUCGUCAAGGAGCAAGGUCCCUUUGGCCUCUACAGGGGCCUGUCUCCGGCAAUUCUCAGGCACCUCUUCUACACGCCAAUACGAAUCGUUGGAUACGAGCACCUACGAUCCCUCUUUCUUGCCCCCGAUAGCGGUUCUCUUUCCCUCCAUGCCAAGGCUCUUGUCGGUGGAAUCUCUGGCUCCAUUGCUCAGGUAGUGGCAAGUCCUGCUGAUCUUGUUAAGGUGAGGAUGCAAGCCGAUGGCCGUCUAAGGAGCCAAGGUCUGCAACCCAGAUACUCAGGACCUUUCGAUGCCUUAACCAAGAUAGUGCGUGCAGAAGGGAUAAUUGGACUUUGGAAAGGGGUUGUUCCGAAUGUCCAAAGAGCUUUUUUGGUUAACAUGGGAGAACUAGCCUGCUAUGAUCAUGCAAAACGCUUUAUAAUCGAGAAUCAAAUAGCCGGUGACAAUAUCUUUGGCCACACAUUUGCUUCUGUAAUCUCGGGGUUGUGUGCAACUACUCUGAGUUGUCCAGCUGAUGUUGUAAAAACAAGAAUGAUGAAUCAAGCAGCAGCUAGCAAGGAAGGUACGAUCAAGUACAAUAGCUCAUAUGAUUGUCUUGUAAAGACUGUUAAAGUUGAAGGGUUGAGAGCUCUGUGGAAGGGGUUUUUCCCUACUUGGGCGAGGCUUGGUCCUUGGCAAUUUGUCUUCUGGGUGUCUUAUGAGAAGUUUCGAAAACUUGCUGGCCUAUCUUCUUUCUAGUUAAAAAAAUUGCUCUGAACUUCAAUGAUCUAGAAGUUCUCCAACU